AUGGAAAAACGUAUUUCAUUAGAUUAUUCAGUUGCUGUCGAAAAAUCUCGAUCCAACAACUCCUACUGCAGUGUUCCUCAGUGCAAUUCGCACGGAGGAAGCCCGGAGCUUAGUUUCCACAGGUAGAGAUUAUGCAUUUAUAAUUUUACUUCGAUGUGAUGGAUUUGAAGUUUUUACCACAUCCGAAAGUCCUUCAACUUCUGACAUGUUUUGUACUUGGAGAAAAGCAUUUUAGCUUGUCACUAUUGUUUUUUUGAACUAAAUGUAGCAGAAAUCGUGUUUAACCGAUUUGACAAUUCAACUGAGAGCUGUUUUGCUAGAGAUGUCAUAUUUCAGAUUUCCUAAUGAUGAAUUAGAAAGGAAACAGUGGCAAAUUGCUCUUAGGAUAGGAAAAGAAAUUACAUAUGGUAUGAGGGUUUGUUCACGACAUUUUAAACCCACAGAUUAUUUUCCCAUUGUUCCAGUAAGAGGACGUAUUCGAAGACGCUUAAAACUUGGUGUGGUUCCGAGCUUGAAUUUGCCAAAAGACAAUUUUAAAGGAUAUCCUACUACUAGGCGCAAAUUGAAACAAAAUGCUAUUCCAAGUUUAAACUUACCAAGCACAGUGAUAAAAAAUCAUGAAUCACCUAUACAGUGCGAAAAAGAAAUUGAUUUUAAGCAAUUUAUUAAAAAGGAAAGGAAUUCUACUGAUGAAUCUGAUUCGGAAAGUCCUCUGCAUCCUGUGAAAACUGAAGCAGAAAUAGCCCCUGCAUGUAUUAUUUGCAAAGGCAAACAUUUGGCGGAUCAAUGCAGUCUUGUGAACACUGAAAGCACAGAAGCCCCUACAUCUGUCACAAAAAAUUCUCGAACUACUAUUCGAAUAAGUAAUCUACCUGCAGAAACUUAUCAUUCGGAUUUGCACAAGUUAUUUGGAUCUUUUGGAAAAGUAGACAAAAUUUAUAUAGUGAAGACUUCUUUAAGUGGCAAGUGUAGUGGCUUAGCUUUCAUUCAUUAUCUUGAUCAUGAAGAAGCAUCAAGAGCAUUUCUUCUAGACGGACAUACAUUUGGGACAAACAUUUUAAAAAUUGAGUGGGCCAAGGGAGGUUCUGAUGGAUGAAUAAUUCCGAGGAAUGAAUAUGAAUUUUCGAAGAUAAAAAAAGUGCUUUAACAUCAUAUUUAUACAUUGUUGAUAUUGAAAGUUUUUUCAUUGUACAAACUCAUGUUUAUCUCUUAUGUAAAUAUUUGCAGUUAUGAAAUAAAUAUUCUCUUUAAGUUUAGUUUA